CUUGAUCUCAAGCUCACCGAGUGUCGAUAUGGACACUGUCUCUGUACCCGACUCAGAUGGCUAUAGCGGCGCCCGCAGGGUGAUCAAGAUCGCAUGGGAUACAGUUACAAAGAGCGCAUUAAACUCAACCGCGCAGCAAGAACUGCUCUCAACGGAAUUGGUCCGCACUGUGACCAAUAUUCCUGUUCCGAGGUGUGGACGUCUCGUCGAAUGUCUUACCUACACUGGAGUCUAUCUCCUGCAGCAAUUCAUUCCUGGCCGUACACUGCAUGACGCCUGGCCAACCCUUAGCUGGUGGUAUCGAUUCCGUGUCUCUCUAACUCUCCGUUAUUACAUCUAUCAGCUCAGGCAGAUGUCGUGUCGCAUCGGUUCUCCUCCAUUUCCUGGUCCACCAAGUGACGACGGUCAACCGAAAUAUUGCAAGGGCCGUCUAUUGAACAGUUUUGGCUGUGGACCCUUCCGCUCGUACCGUGAACUGUCCAGGUGGUACCAAAAUCGCCUGUUAGUCAUGCAGCGUUUUCGUAAACAGGGCUUAGGCGUGGCACCUUUCGACUCUACCGCACCCCUAGUUUUCACUCAUAUGGACUUACACCUCCGCAACCUCAUCCUUGGCGACGAUGGGCAGUUGUGGGUCAUUGACUGGGAGGAGGCAGGAUGGUAUCCAUCUUGGUUUGAAGCGGCAAGCAUGUCUAUAUAUGCCAAGAUGCACCCAGGUAGUCAUACGUCGUGGGCGAAGUGGAUACCUUUCGUCGCGGGUUCCUGUGACAAGCCGGGCCAACUUCCUUUCAUAUUAGCCAUCUCAUACAGUUUGGAAUGCAUGCCCCCUAACAUCAUGAACUUGGUACGUCCCAAACUGUUGCGAUAUGCGGUGUCUCAUUCUGGGAUGCAGAUUGACUCAGAAUAA